CACUCAAAGACAAAAUAGUGUUUUUUCCUUUUAUUAUACUUGUUAACGCCCAGAAAAAGUAUUAAUAGUAUUUUGCAGCCUGCAAAGCCAUUGCUACAUUUGCAUUUGAAACACAUAGGUCUGCACAGAUGUACUGCCUAAAGCCAAAGUCCCCUUAUCUAUUACUCUUUCAAAUUUGUAGGGAAGACCUGCUUCUUAUUUCAUUGUAUUUUAUUAUAGCUCACCCAAGCAUAUUAUUUUUUGAACUGUUCAAUAAAGUGCCAGAUUUUGAUGUAAACAAUGAAACUGAACAUUAGCUAGCAAAAAUGUUAACAUGAUGCUAACAUUUAAUAAAAGAUAAUGGUAACCAGUCUGGAUAAUCCUACUGUCAUAUGCUAAUCCCCAAAUAUUCAUUGCUAAAAGCACUAGCAGUGGGUGAAGCGUUCCUUUAAAUUCAAGGAUGGUGCGGAUAAACUCAUGAUGUAGAGGGCUAAAGGGGUUGCAAAGUCCAUCCUCUUCUUGUGACUCUUACAGGUCCCAAAGGAGUGAUCCAUGACUGGAGGAAAUUCAAACUAGAAAGUGAAGACCAUGACAGCACACCACAGAAAAGGAGAGAACUCCUUCGACAGAUGUCCAACCCCAAGGCUAACACCAACAAUGAGCAGGUUAACCGCAAGGUCAGUAGAUCUCCACCACAGAAAGCUUGGUGUCUCCACAUUAUGAAGGCUCUGAAAAUGCUGGACUUGUAUGGUGUAGUAUUUUUAGUUAUUGCACUCAGUGCAUUAUCAGACCAACACUGUUGUGUUGCUCCAGCUUCUGCAUAGCCUCUGAAGAGACUUUUUAUCCCACCAUCAGCUGGGAACAAGUCUCAACUGGGCUGCACUAGGACGUGCAUUUGACACUGGAAGGAGUACAUUUGGUAACAUUAGUCAAAAGCAUUAACUGCACCCAAAUGAAAUUCACAAUGAAAACAUAUCAGAUAUGCCUCCAUCAGUCAUCACCAUUGUUGAAUAUCAGUCAAUGCACAUGACAUAACUAAAGGUGUAAUAUGUCACCCAAAACAGAUGAGCAUGCAAGAAUACAAGAUGAUCCGUGAGGAGGACGAGGGAUGUCUGAGGAAAUAUCGCAAGCAUUGCAUGCAGGAGAUGCAUGAGUACUUGAGCUUCGGCCCCAGGUUCAACAGCAUUAUCGAGCUAGAGGACGGUGAGGCCUUCCUGGACACCAUUGAGAAGGAGCACCACCUCACCCUGGUCAUUGUGCACAUCUAUGAUGAUGGAAUACAGGGCUGUGAGGCACUCAACAAAUGCCUGACCUGUCUGGCAGAUGAAUACUCCACUGUGAAGUUCUGUCGCAUCCGGGUGUCUGCGACGGGUGCUGAGGAGCAGUUCCCCAAAGAUGUCUUGCCCACUUUGCUGGUGUACAAGGCUGGAGAGAUGCUGGCCAACUUCAUCUGCAUUACCAAGAAUCUCAACGAAGAGUUCUUUGCCACCGACGUGGAGAACUUCCUUAACGAAUACGGCCUACUGCCAGCCAAGGAGCUUGCUCCUUGCCCUGAAGGCGAUAAAGAGCUUGGGGUGGAAUGAUCCUGCAGGAUCCUAUCUGUUUGGGAGGGGGCCAUGGCAUAUGAGACAUGGCAACUGGUAUGACUUAUCCCAAUGUGACAGAUACAAAAUCUAUGCUAUAAUGCAUGCAACAUCACCUACAUUUAGAAAUCACCAGACAGCACCAAUCUCAAACUUUGACAUCUGCCCCCAGACCCCUAAACUGGCCAUCCAGUUUACACCCAGCAAGGGAGGCAAACCAACAUAUAUAGUAUAUUUAAGCUCCAUUAUGUUCAGCUGAAAUGCUGGAUAAGGACCUACUCUUUUCAUACUGUUAUUAGUGAUCUAAAAAAUCUGAAAUAUGAACUUCAUAGGAACUAACUUGAUGUAACUAUCAUUACAUUAAUGUCAAGGAAGAAGUCAAUUACACUUAUUAUCACUUUUUAUAGAUCACACAACCAGUAUAUGAAUAAAAUAUAUAUGACUAAGAA